UUCACCCUGAUGGGAUUUGUUAAUCCCGCUUCUUUUCUCUUUUUUUACUUUCCCUCUGGUGUUAAAGCUGCAGGUGAGCGCGUGCUGUCAGGUUUUAAACAGGCCACGCCCACUCGUUGUGACGUCACAGCUCGGCUCCAGGUGGAGCUCAUUUGGUUUUUCUCUCCUGCUGCUGAUUUCUGUGUUUCUCUGAAGCAGCAGGGCGGGCAGAACCACGUGGAUCCGUCCGGAGACGGUGGAGUUAAAGCGAUUAGAGACAGAAAACAUAAAGCGUGUUUGUUUUCAGGGCCCGGCGGCACUCCAGGCCCCCUGCUGCUACUCUGUGUUGGUGGCUGUGGCCCCCCACUGAGAGGCCCCCCGCUGAGGACCCCCCUGUGGAGCUUCCUCCCUACGAGGCCCCCGUCAGUCCGUCCAUCCGGUCAGGACUUCACCUGGACGCUCACAGGAUCCCUCGCAGCCUGGCUGCUGUUUGUUUGUGCGCCCUGUGUGAAGCUGUGGCGGCCUUGGAGGCCUCGGCGGCGGCAGCACACUGCUGCAGCAGGUCCUGCAGCACAGCUUCCCGUCGGCCUGCACAGCGUCGGUGUCCUGCAGGAAACAAAAGCCUCCAUACUCUGACCUGAGACAAACACUCAGAGCGAGACGCUUCGUCUUUCAGCCAAACGGCAGGAAAAACCCAAGAUCCUGCAGCUCCGAGAUGUCGGAACUGGAUCCAUCAGGUUCUGGUGCUAAACAUCUACAGGAACCAAAGCUGGGAAAAUGUACAGAUCCGCCUUCAGAGGAGGAAGAGAACCAUUGGAAAAAAGAAGUCCCUUUAAAAUCACAAAUUUAACUUUUUAUUUCAGCAGACUAAAGUAAAAAUCUGGAGUAAAUGUGAAAAAUUCCGAGAAAAAAUCAUAACUGAGGGGAAAAAAGUUAAAAUUCUGUGGAAAAGUGAGAAUUCCCUUUUUUCAGGGACCCUAAGCCUCUUCCAUAUCCAUCCACAUGUAAACUCUAUGUAACAUCACUAAUAACGAUCAUUAAUAAAAACUCUGACCUAA